CUCACGGCCCAGGGCACCAUCCUCAUCGACCGCGUGCUGGCCUCGUGCUACGCCGUCAUCGAGGAGCACAGCUGGGCGCACUGGGCCUUCGCUCCCUUCCGCCUGCUCCAGGGCCUGCUGGCCGCCCUCUGCCCUCUCCCGAUGGGAGACCCCACGGCCCCCGGCAUCCACUGGUACUCUCGGCUCCUCUAUCGCAUCGGCAGCUGGGUGCUGGAUAGUGACUCUCUGCACCCGCUGGGCAUGAUGGUGUCAUCCAGCUGAGGGACACCGCGCCACGCCGGCCGCCCGCCAGGCUCCGACGGAGAGACAGAGACACCGAGGGAGAGAG